ACAUCCGGGUCUCUCAGGUUCCUGUCUGGCGACCCGUCGCCAUUAGUGCACGCUCUUUACUACGGACCUCGUUUUUAGGCUAAAAUUCCCAAAUUGGGUUGUUUUCCAGCUUCUGGAAAACAUUUAGCGCCUUGUUAAGGGCACGUUGUUUUCCUUAACGAGCAAAAACCCGACAGUCAGAGGGGGUUUUGGCCCCGUUUGGCGAGCUUUCGUCCUCUCCUCUGCCAGGCUUCACGACUUGAGACGCCAUAACCGUGUCUCUUUAUUUUUCUCUGGUUUGUUUUAUGGUCAAGAUGUCGCCGUGAUGGGGUCUCCGCGUUUGACAGAAAUGAAUCAGGGCCUUCGCCGCCUGACCCGCACUCACUGCAACCCGCUAUUGUCCUCCGUUUCCCCGUUUAAUGCUAGAGAGCUCGGCGGCUCUCUGCCAGAAGCUCGGCCCGAACAGCGCUCACUGCACGGAGACAAACAUGGAGAAAAACCCCAACAGCAGCACCAGCAACAAGGUUCCGCCCCGUUCCAGCUCCACAGGCCCACCGCCUGGAGAAUCUAAGCCCAAAACAGAAGGUAAAAAUAAUGGGGGCUCUAAGCGCUACAACCGGAAGCGGGAGCCCUCCUUUCCCAAAGCUGAAAAUUUCCCCGGCCCUCGCCGCACCAAUUCACAGAAAAGCAAGAAUUUCGACAAGAGACCUCCUCAGAGAGGCGGGGGGCGACAGUAUGGAGUCCUGGGCGGAGGACGACGUGAGGAGGUAGCAGAGACCCGCCGGGCCGAGUUUAGCCCGGCUCAAUUUGCUGGACCCAAAAAAAUCAGCCUGAAUCACCUGCUAAAUUUCACCUUCGAGCCUCGCGGAGGCAACGACGGCGUCGGAGACGGCGGCCACUCCUACUGGGGCCGCAGGAACAAGUGGGGCCACAAGAACAAGCCCUUCAACAAGGAGCUUUUCCUCCAGGCCAACUGCCAGUUUGUGGUGACUGAUGACCAGGACUACAAGGCUCACUUCACUGACCCAGACACUCUGGUCAACUGGGACUGUGUACAGCAAGUGCGCAUCUACAGCCACGAGAUGCCGUCUUGCCCCAUCUGCCUCUAUCCUCCUGUGGCGGCUCGCAUCACACGGUGUGGACACAUCUUCUGCUGGCCGUGCAUGCUCCACUACCUGUCUCUUAGCGACAAGAGCUGGUCCAAGUGCCCCAUCUGCUACGAGGCCGUGCACACAGCUGACCUGAAGAGUGUGGUUGCCAUGGAAACCAAGCAGUAUGUGGUCGGGGACGAAAUCACCAUGCGUCUGAUGCGGAGAGAAAAGGGGGCUCUGGUGGCUAUGCCAAGCUCCCAGUGGGUGAAGGUGGAGGAGCCUGUCCGCUUUGGAGACGCUUCUUUGAGUCAGUAUUCCAAGCUGCUGCUGACAUCCCCGUCGCAGGUCCUGGAUUUGGUAACGGAGGAGAAGGGAAUCCUGCAGGCUCAGCUGAGCCUGGAGGAGGAACCUGAGGGCUGCUUCAUCCAGAGCGCCCUCUGUCUUUUGCAGGAGCAGGAGGAAACUCUGCUGAAGCAUCAAGUGGCUAAUGCAGAAAUCCCUGACCUGUCCCCACUGACUCUGAACGAUCCUCCUUCCCUGCUGGAUGAGGUGGUGACCACUACCCUCAGUGCCAAGCCUGUGCUGCAGUACUCCUCGGCUUUUGACGACGAGGUGGCGGAGUUCCCACAGGACACAGCUGCAGAGCUGCCAGGUAGUCCCGACGCUGUCCUAGAGAGCGUCCUGGAGGAGCCCCCCGAGAGCGUCCUGGAGGAGCCCCCCGAGGCUGAGCCGGAGCCCCAGCUGGAGGAAGAGAGCCCAGCCAAUCAGAUGGAGUCCGCCCGCCCCUCUGCUGCUGUGGUGCACGGACCGUACUACUAUUUCUACCAAGCUGACGACUGCCAGCAGAUGUUCCUGCAUCCCAUCAACGUGCGCUGCCUUCUGCGUGAAUACGGCAGCUUGGAGGCUUGUCCCGACUCCAUCACUGCCACAGUGGUGGAGAUAGUAGGACACACAGUCAAUGAGGAGAUCCGUCGUCGGCAUCGCUAUCUGGCUCACCUGCCGCUCACCUGCGAAUUCAGCAUCUGCGAGUUGGCCCUGCAGCCGCCGAUCCUGUCCAAAGAAACUCUGGACACGUUUGCUGAUGACUUGGAGAAGAGAAGGCGCCUGAGGCAGAAGAAGGCGAGGGAUGAAAAACGCAGGGAGAAACGCAUUGAAAUGGAGGAGAACAAGAAGCAGGGGAAAUAUCCCGAGGUACAUAUUGGACUGGAGAACCUUCAUCAUUUCCCAGCAUUCGGCUCCCCGCCCCACUACAGCAGCCCGCCAAUCCAACCCGAUUUUACUUUAGCUCCUCCAUCUCCCCUCAGCACCAGCCCUUCCUCAGAUGGGAUUAGCUUCCCGAGCCUGAGUGUGUCCUCGCCUACUGUGGGUAGCGUGGAGGACGAUUCCCACUGCAUGUCCUUUGCACAGAUGCUGAAAGACGGGAAAGCCAGAGCUGAUGCUGGGCUCAGGGUCACUCCAAAGAAAGGAGAAUUUCUGACUACGGAUUGCAUUUUCUCCCGUGCAGACAAGCUGCUCGCCCCCCCAGGGGCAGACAGCGACGGUGAGAGCGACGGCUCGGAUCGCUUUCCCGUGCCCAGCUUUCAGAAUUCCUUCAGUCGGGCUUUCGAGAAGGCCCUUCUGCAGCUGGACAGCGGUCCCGCCGCCCCGCCGCAGCCUGUGGUAGAACCAGAUGAAAAGGGAGGGAAGAAGAAAAAGAAGAAACAGAAACUUCUCUUCAGCACAUCCAUGGUUCACACAAAGUAGAAAGAAAAAAAAAA